AUGGCAGCUUACGCAGCUCUAGUUUCUCUUAUGAACACUAUCGAUGACAUCCGAAAUCAUCAUCGAUUUUCGACUUCGGUUCUCGACAACAAACAGGUUGAGUCUCUUGAUGCAAAGCUCUAUUUCUUGCUAGAUUUCAUAGAGAGUGGUCAUUCACACGAAUUGCUGGAGAGCCAAAUCGCAUCCGCAGCCCAUGCGGCCGAAGAUGUAAUCGAAUCUCAUGUCGUCGACCAAAUUGACUCCGAUUCCGUUUCCUCGCUCGAUCUACAUGCAGUUAUCGAACACUUGGAUUCUGUUAAGGAAAAGGUUUUCAAUGUUGUUAAAGAAGAAAGGGUAUUAUUCAAUGAUCAUCUUCAACAGGGCCCCACAUUUUCGUCGUUUGCUCCUAGAUCUUCAUCAAGUAUUAACGGAAAUAGCAAGAUGGUGGGAUUUGACGAGGAGUUGUUUCAACUAUUGGAUGCUCUCACCGGACGACAAUCGAGUCUGCAAAUCAUACCGAUUGUGGGUAUGGGCGGCAUCGGUAAGACUACUCUUGCUAGAAACGCUUAUGAACAUCGACUAAUUUCGAACCACUUUGAUGUUUGUGCUUGGGUUACAAUAUCUCAAGAGUAUAGUGUGAAAGAAAUCUUUUCAAAACUUCUUUCUCGCCAAAGUAGUCAAUCUGCUGAUGAACAACAAUUAGCACAAGAGUUGUAUCAAAGUCUAAUAGGUAGGAGAUAUUUGAUUAUAUUGGAUGAUAUCUGGAGCAUCGAUGCUUGGGAAAAGAUGAUGUUUUUCUUUCCGGAUAACAACAAUGGAAGUCGAAUUAUCCUAACCACUAGGCUAUCAAAUGUUGCUGUUUAUUUUGGCUCGUCGUACUUUUCAAUGAAAUUUCUCGAUGAAUAUAAAAGUUGGAAGCUAUUUUGCGAAAAUGCAUUUCCACAAGAAGGUUGUUGCCCUCCUGAAUUAGAGGAAAUUGGGAAGAAGAUCGUUAAAAAAUGCAAAGGACUUCCCCUGUUAAUUGUUGUGAUUGGAGCACUUCUUAGGAAGUCCUCAAAGACACGAGAAUAUUGGGAGAAUAUUUCAGAAAAUAUGAACUCGAUUCUUGAUUCUUCAAAAAACAUGGAGCAAAGCGUGGACAUAUUAUCUUUGAGUUAUAGCAAUUUGCCAGCUCAUUUAAAACCGUGUUUUCUGUACAUGGGAAUUUUUCCAGAAGAUAGUGUUAUUUAUGUGUCCCAACUCAUCAAACUUUGGGUUGCAGAGGGAUUUAUAAAAUCAACUAAAACCCAAACCUUGGAAGAGAUCGCAGAGGAUCACUUAAAAGAUCUCGUCGACAGGAAUCUCAUUCUACCUCGUAAGUUGAGGUCGACAGGAAAAACAAAAACCUGCACUAUCCACGAUCUUUUGAGAGACUUAUGCAUAAAGGCAGCUGAGAAAGAGAAGUUUCUUAUUGUGAUGAGGGUGAAUGAUGUUCACAUUAAUGCAGAAGGCAUAUAUAAGGAGCGUCGUAUUGUAUGUCAUCAAGAAAUUCCAAGGCGUCAAUUUAUUGAUGCUUUUGAGUCGGCAUCACUUAUUCGUUCUUUUGCAACCAACAGUAAUUUGAUGGAGAUUGAGUUGAAAUUGUUGAGAGUAUUGUUUGCGCCUAUCCGCAGGUACAACAAUGAUCUGUACGAGAUUUUGAAGCAGGUUAACUUGCGUUACGUUUGCGUACGUCCAGAAGUGUGGGAGGAUAAUUUCGAAAGGUUUCAAAAAAUAUCACGAGUUUGGAAUUUGCAAACUCUGACUAUUAGAGAUGAUGCUGAUGAAGUAUUUGUUACACCAUCUGAGAUUUGGGAGAUGGUGCACCUUAGGCAUGUGGAGUUCAAUAAGGUAUUUAUUGUCGAUCCACCUUCUAAAAGCAACGACUUUGUUUUACGAAACUUGCAGACGGUCGAAGGAGUGAUCGAUUUGAGGUUAAGUGAUGAGGUGUGUAAGAGAAUCCCCAAUCUCAAGAAACUGAAGAUAACGUUCAACGACGUUUUGUCUGAGAGAUCUUCAAGACACUACUCUCUCUACAACAUUGGCCGCUUACAUAAACUCGAAUCACUAAAAUGUUGUUUCCGGAACAUUCUGGAUGGGAGCAAUUCACCUCUGAAUCUGAUGGCAUUACCGACUUCGCUCAAGAAGUUGACUUUACAAGGUUGUUGUCUUCAUUCGGAAGACUUGGCUAUGAUUGGUUCUUUGCCGCAUCUUCAAUUUCUCAAACUAGCAUAUGUUUCGAUAGUAGGAUCCGAGUGGGACCCGGUUGAGGGAGGAUUUCUUCAGCUGAAAUUCCUUAAAAUUUACUCUUGUAGAGAUCUGAAAUACUGGAAUGCGGACAGCUCACAUUUUCCGGUACUAGAAAACAUUAAAUUUGUCGAGGUGGAUAGGUUGGUUGAGGUUCCGUUGGGUGUCGGAGAAAUACCGACACUUGGCGCAAUCGAAUUGGUCAGAUGCACCGAGUCAGUGGCCAUGUCAGCAGUGAGAAUAUUGGAGGAACAAGAGAGUUUCGGUAACGAAGGUCUUCUUCAAGUUCGAAUCAAGUUCUGGCAUGAUGACGAUUUAGAGAUGUUUAAGGAAGAGAUGGAGGAGCAAUUUCCAAGCUUCACAAGCAAUAAUCUGCAACUCGAUUUGUACUCGUGGAGACAGAAGUACUACAAGUACUGGUAA